AUGAGUGGCGGACGUUCAAAGUCUCAGACGAUCGAUUCGUCGACAAGCCGCCGCCGUAAGAAGACCAACAGCGAGGCGGACAGCGGGUCCGACGAGCCAGCCGGGCCGAGCAACAACGAUUCGAGCAGUGAAUAUCGCCUGGAGCUGAAAAAGCGUCUGACGACGUUUUUGACAAGCGGCACACCAAUGGCCUCAUCGGAUUCGGGCGUCGAGUCGACGGCGGAAGCCGAUUCCGAUUUGAAGGCGUCCGACUCGCCGAUGUCGCACAACGGCGCCGAUUCGCCGAGGCACGAGGAAGACCGCGCCGACAUUGUCGUGUGCGGCGAAUGCAACACCACAUUCUCGUUGGGCUGCUUCUCAGCGUUCAUCGAGCACAAGAUUUCGAAUUGCGGCGGCAAAUUGACGCCGUCGGAUGAUUGCGAGAUGGCGCAUCGAAGCUACGAUCGAUCGCGUCGGCGAACGUUCAACCCGGCCGUUUUGACCCGAUGCGUUCGUUCAACUUCUGCAAAUCCACUCAUUAUGAAUUACAAUAUGGAUGUGACGACAGACACCAAUGAUUUGGGCAAAUCGUCGCUGACAUGCUGCACGUGCAAAGAGCGCUUCGCCGACAUCUGGACGCUUCUGAAACACAAUUACAACAUGCACGGCUUUCGCAUUUGUCAGGAGACGCUGCCCGAAUCUGCGGUGUCGAUGACGUCCACCUCAUCGUCGUCGACGUCGAAUGACGCGCAUCAUCCAGCCGGCUACCGGCACACCGAUCCAGCGCCCGCCGUUCAUCAUCCAACCACCAUUAAGAGCGAGUCAAUGUUCCUGAACAGCUUCUGCUCGGAGAGACUCAAGGAGAUCGCGAACAAGGCAAGCGAGAAGGAACUCAAACCGUUGUCGAAUUUGCGCUCGCGUCUGAUGGCCGGCAACGGCGAGGAGACCGACGAGGAACAGGUCUCCGCGUUCACGUCGACGUCGGCGUUGCUCAACGCGAGAGCCUCGCAGCCAGCAAUUGGUAGCCUUCCGGCGCCAACUGCCACCUCGCAGAGUAUGCCGAACGUUUGGAUGCAGCCAACGGUGUUGGCCGCCAUGCAGGACUACUACGCUCAACAGGUUCAGCAGUACAAUGCCAGCAGCACUGCCAUGGCGCUGUUGAGUCUGUCGAACAAUUUGCAGCAGCAACAACAACAGCAGCAGCAGCAGCAGCAGGUUCCGCCAACGGUUCCAGCUCAGCACCAGAAUCAAGGGCAAGUGUUCCAGGCGUUGAAUAGAGGCGAUGAGCCGUCCGCAUUUACUCCGAGGCCCGCUUCGGCGGCAGUUCGACGUCGCGCCUCUCCGGAAACGGAGCCUUCGGUACCCAGGAAGACCGCGAAGGUGAACGAAGAGGAUAGCGAGCAGCUCAUUGUUGUUGACGAUACGGAGCUCGCCGAGCCGGCGGCUCGUAGGCAGGUUAACAUCAAAAAAGAGCGAUGCCACUAUUGCAACAAGGUGUUCACGAAUCGUUCAAAUCUUAUCGUCCACCUACGAUCGCAUACCGGCGAGAAGCCGUAUAAAUGUCAGCUCUGCCCGUACGCGUGUGCGCAAAGCAGUAAACUGACGCGCCACAUGAGAACGCAUGGGCAGCAGGGCAAGGAGACGUACCACUGCUAUAUUUGCCGAAUGCCGUUCUCGGUGCACUCGACGCUUGAGAAGCACAUGAGGAAGUGUGUGGUGAACAACACGCAAGCUCGUCGCGGUGAUGACGGUGGUUCGCCGCCGCAGGAGCGACCAAGACCGACGCCGUCAGCGCUAGCCGACGCUACUAGUCUUCUCGCGUUGUCGGCGCCGACAAUACCGCCGCCGCCACCGCCGGCAGCGUCAAGCAGCGCCGUCUCGCAGAGCAAUCAGAUUGUGUUGAACUGGCUGCAGGCGCUGAAUGUGAGCAACGGCGCGCCGACGACAGCGUCGAACAACGCGAAAGAUGAGAUCAUUGAAGCCGAUGAAGAUAUGGAGGAGACGGAAGCCAGCGAGCUUCAUGAUCGUCACAUGCAGAAGGACCAAGUACCAUCGGUGGCGGCCAAUUGA